UCAUGUUUCACGGACAGCAAUCGCGAUGAAUCAUUUUAUCAUGGUGAUGCAGAAAUCAGGACUCAGGCUCCUACCGAUCUCGCCUAUAAUAUUAACCCUUAAGCAUCCCCCCGCGAGCAAGAAGAUUUCGUGAAGCCCUAUACUGCUACCAUUGCAUCAGCAUCGACCGCAACCACUUCGCAGGGACAAUGAUGGAGGCGGCGAAAGGAAGUUGGGAUGAUGAAUGUGAGAUUUCGCCCUACAGUUGGAGUGAUGGGGACAUUGUCUGGACCCUGCCGAAGUGGACGGGCCGCGGCAACCCGUCUGCGGACAAUCAGACAUGGAAGCUCAAAGUCCAUUUCGACAUUUACGCGCUAGCCCGCACCCUGGAGCUGGCUGAAUUCGAACACCAGGUCAAGCCUGCCAUCAAAAGGGGAUCACAGGGCCUCGACGUCUUCACCAUCAUAGACAUCGUCAAGCAGGCGUACCCAACGCUGAUAGGCCACGACACUUGGUUUCCCGAGUGGCUCAAGCUGCACAUCGAACGGGGAGAAGAGGGUUCUGACGUGUUCAGCAUCAUAGACCUCUUCAGGAAGGCGUAUCCGAAGCCGAUCGGCCAACCGGACGCUUGGUUCCUCCCGUGGAUCAAGUCGCGCAUCAAGGACGCUUUUGUCGACGACCCCGGCGGGGUGAAGGAAGAGGCGAUUGGGCGUGGCUUCAUGGACGACUUUUCGGUUGUCAAACUCAUGCUUGAAUGCAUACUUGAGACGUAUUUGAAAGUGGUGGAGUGCCUGGGCUCGGUGGGCAGUCAAGGUCCCGCCGGUGGACCAGAACCGGAGCCCGAACUGGAGCCCGAGCCAGUGCUGAAGGCGAAGAUUGCGGAACAGGUUCCUGGUAUGAAAGAAGAGUCGCCAGCCUUAAAGAAGACCUUUGGGCCAUCAGAACGAAACAACCAGGGAAAAAGAUGGUAAAGGGAAGGACAACCCUUUUUUCGAGUCCGCAUGAUGAUGGCCGAAGACGCCCACUAGGUCUAAUAGGAGGCUUGAGACGCAGGAAACUGCUCGCCGAGCCAUGGCCGCAAACGAUUUCAGUGAAGACACAUACCCGAAGGCAAAGCCUCCGAAGCCACGCUGUGUGCUCACGGAACUCCGGAACGGGAAAUACAAACUUAACGGGGGUUGGAGAAAGCGGGAUCUUAUGACGAGGCGUCCGACACCGACACGUAUCGGUGCUUGAGGGUGUGGAAACCUAUAUCUCAGUUACCUGUAGACCUGACUGUAGGGAUAAAACUCUCUGGACACGCGACGACUAGGAUGGAUGGAUAUGGCCGAGGGCUGGUUCGAUGUUGGACGAACGCGGUACCGAAGAAACGGCAUGGAUAAAAGGUGGCAGAGUGGACAUACGCGAAUGGACAUGUUCAAGGUGGGCAUGGACAACCCAUAUAGCUUUGAAGCCUG